CCUGAAUCUUUUUAUACAUAUUCAGGAGCCGCAAUAUUUUUUCAAAGUUUACAAAAGAAGAUAGCUUUGAUAAGAAAUCUAUUGGGUGCAAAGAAGAUUCUUGGAGCCGCAACAAGCAAAAGAGCAACCUCAGCGGCGCCAAAAGGGUUUCUUGCGGUGUACGUAGGAGAGAGUCGGAAGAAGAGAUAUGUGGUGCCAAUCUCAUACUUGAGCCAGCCUUCUUUUCAAGCUCUUUUGAGCAAAUCUGAAGAAGAGUUUGGGUUUGAUCAUCCAAUGGGUGGCUUAAUAAUCCCUUGUCCUGAACAUACUUUCGUCAACGUGAUUUCUCAGCUUUAAUGAUGGUUGUCCACCAUUUUUGUUCUUUGAAUUAGAAGUAGACUUAUUCUUUGUAUAUAUAUAUGAACCUUCACUCUUUCUU